AUGUCAGAUGUUCAACAUCUAAUUAAUUAUAAUUUUUCAUCAUUAAAUUCAUGUUCACAUUUAAAAUCAGUACUAGAAUCAAAAGUUAAAGAAACUGUAUUUGAAACUUAUAAACAAGCAGUUAUAAUAUCACAACCGUUAUUAGAAGAUCAACAAACUUUCAUUUCCAAAAAAGAUCAACAAGAAAUACCGUUUCAAAAACUUUUAAAUAAGAAAUUAUCAAGUUUAAAAUGUUCAAAUUGUGAGUUAAGCAAUUUUCAAAAUUUAUUUAUAUGUUUACAAUGUCCACAUAUUGGCUGUCAUGAUAAUUUUAAUUCUCAUUCUCAAUUGCAUUAUAAACAAACUCAACAUAUGUUUGCAAUAGAUGCAAAAACUGGUUUAUUAUAUUGUUUUAAAUGUAAUCUAUUUGUAAAUCAUGAUCAUUUAGAGAAAAUUAGACUGGACAUAAUGCAUAAUGAAUAUUAUGAACUUGAUGAAACUAUAAAUCAACAUUAUUCAAAUCCAAAUAAAUUUGCAAUUAAAGGUUUAAAAGGCUUUGUUAACCUCGGGGCAACAUGUUUUAUGAGUUCAAUUUUACAAACAUUUAUUCAUAAUCCAAUUUUGAAACAUAAAUUUUUUAAUAAUGAUGAACAUUUUUUCAAUUGUAAUGUUAAUUUAAAUAAUGAUGAGAUUGAUGAAAAUAAUAGUUGUAUUACAUGUAGUAUUGAUUCAAUUUUUCAAAUUUUUUUCACUUCAUCAAAUCAAGAAGGUUAUGGGAUCACAAAUUUAUUAAUUACUUCAUGGUAUAAGAAAAAAUCAUUAGCUGGAUUUCAAGAACAAGAUGCUCAUGAAUUUUGGCAAUUUUUAUUAAAUGAAUUUCAUCAAGAUUUUACAAGAAUAAAAGCAAAUCAAAAUCAACACUCCAUUGAUUCAGAAAAUUGCUCUUGUAUCGCUCAUUCCACAUUUGCAUUCAAAUUACAAAGUUGUAUAAAAUGUACGAAUUGUAAUAAAAUUACUGAAACUAUUGAUCCAAUAAUGGAUUUAUCAUUAGAAAUAAAUCAUUUAAGUAAAGAACAGAAUACAUUAUAUGAUUGUUUAAAUUUAUACACAAAGGAAGAAAAAUUAGAUGAUAAUUAUACAUGUAAGUUUUGUAAUAUCAAAGCUGAACAAGCUGUAAAACAAUUGAAAAUUAAAACUAUUCCAAAAAUUUUAUCAAUACAAUUAAAAAGAUUCGAACAUAAUGUAAUGAAUGAUACUUCAUCAAAAAUAGAAACACCAAUAAAGAUACCAUUAUAUCUUGAUUUAUCAAAAUAUACCACAGCAACUACAUCAGAUCCAUGUUUAUAUGAAUUAUUUAGUGUUGUUGUUCAUCAAGGUUCAGUUAAUACUGGUCAUUAUAUAUGUUAUGUAAAAUCUGAUAACCGUUGGUUCAAAUUUGAUGACGCUGUUAUUUCAUUAUCUAGUGAAGAUGAAGUUAUGAAUGCUAACGUUUACCUAAUGUUCUUUAUAAAGAAAGAUAUAUAG